AUGAACAGAAGAGCAGGUUCGCCGCCUCAGGGCAACCCAGGCCAGCUGUCGAUCCUAUACCUAGGUAGCAUUCCCUUUGAGUGGUCCGAGGAUCAGCUCCAGGCAGUCGUGACCUCACAAGCCAACGUCCUAGACGUCAGACUCGGUUUCGACCAUAUUGGCAAAAAUAAAGGUUACGCAUUCGUAGAGUUCGAGUCUCCACAGGAGGCACAGAAGGCCGUGGCCACUCUCAGCCAGGCUAAGAUCAACGUACCUGACGGAAGACCAGCCAGACGUCUCCGGUUUGAGCUGUCUAAGGAAGGUUUCCGUACGGGAAACAACACCAACAAACAGCCGCUUCCAUACAUUCCGGCAAAUAUGCCACCAUACUUUGAGCUUCCAGGUGGAUUGCCGGCGCGUCCUGCUUCAGGGUUGCCUCCGGUGCCAGGAAUGCCUCAAAGACCAAAUGCUCAUCAGCCUUCUCCAGGGCCCCAAUUGCCUCCGGUUCCAGGCUCUAAUGGCCCCCAGUUUGCGAAUAUGGCCAACCAGAACGGAGCACAGCUUCCCGAUCAUCUACUCAGAGCUUCACAGACGCUUUCGACGCCCGCUCAGAUUCCUCUAGAGACUCCAGACAAGAUCAACGAGACGCUAAGUCUGAUUCCGCCAGCGCAGUUGAUCGAGCUUAUAGCCAACUUGAAGACCCUUCUUGCGGGCAACAAUUCGGCCAGAGCAGCGGAGGUUUUCAACCUUUCGCCCAAUUUGGCGGCCGCAGCUGCCCAGGCUCUUUUACUCAUGGGCUUCGUGGACGAAGAGGUGAUCCAGGAAUCGAUGAAAUCCGCUUCCAGCACUCCUCAGCCACAACAGCCUGCUCCCGCCUACAAUCAGCAACAACAAUACCAGCAGGGCUACGGUCAGCCGCCUCAAGGUUACAAUUUGGGAGGUUACAACCAGCCACUGGCUUCAUUGCCUCCUCCACCCCCAAGACCGCAGUCUCAGUAUCCACAACAGCAGCAGCAGCCUCCAACGAAGUGGGGCAAUCUUCCUCUCUCUACACAAAUGAAGCUUGGUGCUUUACCGCCAGAUCAGGCCGAUUUGGUCGCUCAGGUGUUGUCGCUUCCGCCUGACCAGAUCAGCUCUUUGCCUCCCGAGAAGCAGACAAUGGUUGCGGGCAUCAGACAGCAAUACAUGUAG